AUGGUCAUUCAACAGCAAGAGCAACAGAAAAAUGUUUCAGCCAAUAAUACUACCCUUCACAAUACCUUAGUGAGUACCAUUAAUACCAAUAAUGAUAGUAACAAUAUUACUACUUCAAAUGCUUCCAAAGUCGAUAGAACUCAUGCCAAAGAUGCUCAGUUUCAUUAUUAUUACCCUUAUAAUAUUGAUGAUGAUAAUGAGAACCACUCCUGUGAUUAUUUUAAUAAAAGUGCAGAACCAAACAUCACACCACCGCUCACACCGGUGCCUCUAUCGUUAAAUACCGUUAAUAGUAAUACCAGUAACACAACAACUGCAGAUUCAUUAAUUAACCUAAAGGAACAUUUCAUUACAUUUACUGAUAACAAGCGCAUUACUAGUGAUGAUAACGCAAAAGCUGAGAAUGGUAAUGUAAAAAUAAUGAAGCCAUAUCUAAACAAUGAUAAAUCAAAUUAUGCUAGAUGUGAUGAAACUAGCAGCAUCGCUUGUUUCACUCCAAAAAAAAUUCCUUAUUUUCAGCCAGGCAUGGUCUUCAAAGGGUAUCAGCACAACGGAUAUCUGAAAUAUAAUGUGGAAAUAAGUAUAAAAAGUAACGCUGAUAGUAGUUUUUUGCCUUAUAUAACUGGAUAUUUACGUAUUUACGGUUUGACUAAUAAAUCCAGUGAAAUUACUACGUUUUUUAAGGGGUAUUAUCUAGAUAACAUGGAUAAAUUAUUAUCUUCUAACUGUACUGGCAAGACCAGCAGCACUACUUGUAGUAGUGCCACUGAAACUUUAAAUGCUGAUCAUAAAAAUAUGGCACAUUAUGUUGAUAGUAUGUAUAGUAACACGAGUACUAGUUCUGGUGAUAAUAAUGGUAACAACAGUGUUUUCCCUGAAGAUGAUAUAGAUUUACUGCAUUGGGAUAAGCUAAAGGACGAAUUAACUUUUAUUAACAGAAAUACCAGUGUCAACAAUAGAGGUAGCAAGAGCGACAUAAUAUUUAUGAAAUGGAAAGAGCAAUUUUUAGUACCUGAUUCGGAUGUAACUAGUAUAAAGGGUGCUUCCUUUGCUGGGUUCUAUUACAUUAUGGUUGAUGUUAAAAAUAACAAGAUUUAUGGAUUUUAUUUUCAUGAAACUGCAGAAAAAUUUCAAAAAAUAGAAUUAAAUUUACAAAAGAGUGACUAUGGUAAUAGUACUCUAUAUCAGACAUAUGAGUUUAAUUAA